AUGACUGAAAAGAUUGAAGACCAAUUCGAGAUCAAGACUUUGCUGAUCUACGAUUCUACUAUGUGUCGGCCAAUGAAAGUAAACAAUUUUCAUUCUCAGAAGUUGCGGAACCAAAAUUCAAAUGGCCAAAGGGAAACAGAGGAUGGAGGAAUCUACGAUGGUCGAGCUUCUCGGGCCAAGAACCGCGAGGAGGCCUUCAUGUUCUACGAGCGACGGAGCAGACUCGGCCGACCAACCCCACGCUUCUUUGAGCGUCUGCUACGCGACUAUCUGGCUCUGUGCGAGUGUCCCCGGAUGGUGGAAGAGAGAGCUCAGGCCCUGCCGAUGUCCCAACUCAUAGCAAUCCUCGAGCACAUGAAACAGGCCUCGAUCCCCAUCGAUGGACAGACCUAUGUGGUCCUCCUCAAAUCACUACGGCUCGGUGGUCCGGAUAAACCCAUGUAA